UAUUAAUGUCCUCACAAAAAUGAAACUCGCUUGGUAAUACCAUAUACUACAUCAUUAUUCAAUUUGUUUUAUAACUUUGCCGUAAGAGGGCUACAGUUUCCUGUUUCUUUUAGUUCGGGAUAUACAUCCGAAAUGGCAGAUAUAUCUGCUGAUCCAAAGACCAAAACGAAAGCAACUAAGAAAUCAAAGGAGAAGUCAGUAGAGCCUCCUCCUUUGAAAAAGAGACCUUUCAAAAGGCAUGGACGCCUUUAUGCCAAGGCAAUUUUCACUGGGUAUAAACGUGGUCUUCGUAAUCAACAUGAACACACAACAUUACUUAAAGUUGAAGGCGCUAGAACUAAACGGGACUCAGACUUUUAUGUAGGAAAACGAUGUGUUUAUGUAUAUAAGGCGAAAAAUAAAACACCUGUUCCUGGCAAAAAAAGUAGAAAAACUAAAAUUAGGGCUAUUUGGGGUAAAGUAACCCGACCACAUGGAACCAGUGGUUCGGUACGUGCUAAGUUUAAGAGGAACCUGCCAGCCAAAGCUAUGGGUCAUCGUAUCAGAAUUAUGUUGUAUCCCAGUCGAAUAUAAAUACAAAUUUCUGUUGUAUAAAAUAAGCAAAUAAAUACUAGCCUUUGCUACUACA